AUGUCGCCCCCCACGAUCACCAAACCAGCCGAUGGCAGCGGCGGCGUCGCCCUGACUAAAACUAAGCCUAAUCUCAGCGGCGUGUCUGAGACGAUGCUGGUCGUGCUGACGGCGCGAGCCGAAGACGCGCACAGGCCUGACUCGGUGCUGCACGACACGUGGGCGGCCGACGUGCUGGGCAAGCUGGACUACGGCUUCGGGCGGCGCACCCCGCUCAACGCCGGCUUCUUCGCUACGGUGCUCCUGCGCGCGCGCCUGCUCGACGCCUGGGCCGGCGCCUUCCUCGCCGCCCACCCCGCCGCCACCGUCCUGCACCUCGGUUGCGGCCUCGACAGCCGCGCCCUGCGGCUAGCUCCGCUCUGGGCCGGCAGCAGCGAUUUGAAAGCCGUGCGCUGGCUCGACGUCGACGUGCCCGCCGUCGCGGCGCUGCGCCGACAGCUGAUGCCCGCGCCCGACGUCACUGGAAAGGGAGAAGCAGAGUACGCGCUCGUCGAGGCCAGCGUGACCGACGACGCGUGGCUCGACGCCGUGCCGGCCGACCGCCCGACGCUCGUCGUCAUGGAGGGCCUGCUACCGUACCUGGCGCCGGCCGACGCGCGGCGUCUGGUGCAGCGCAUCGCCGGCCGGUUUCCCACCGGCCAGCUCGUGUUUGACGUCCCUGGGUCGUGGUUUUUGAGGAUGCAGGCCCUCAACCGCCCUAUUAGUCGUACGGGGGCCGUCAUGCGGUUUGCGAUGGAUGAUCCGGAGGAUUUGGCGGCUGCGCACCCUGCGCUGCGCGCUACGGCGGUUGUGAGGAUCUGGGAGAUGCCGGGGAGUGAGACGUUUGCGUGGUGGUUCCGUGCUAUGCUGUGGGUGUGCAGUUGGGUGCCGGGGCUUAGUACUGGGCUGGUUUCGUAUUUUCGCUAUGAUUUUUGA